AUGCGUCGAUUUUUGGUGUGGCCAUCUGACAUGAUUUGGCCCUAUAAUCUUCCGUUUAUUGCCUAUUUGCGUACAGUGCACGAGCCCGAAGCCGAGUUAAGUUCAAAAUGGCUGAACUUGACACGAUGGAAGUUUUUCGUUAUUGCAACUGUACUGUCAGCAGUUUAUUACUGGCUCCCUGGCUACAUCAUGCCAGUUCUUUCUAAUUUUUCAUGGAUGUGUAUGAUAGACCCACAGAAUGUACUUCUGGCACAAUUAACUGGUAGCGCAGGAUUCGCAUUGGGUACACUACAACUGGAUUGGUAUAGUUUACAAUCACGACUUGGUUCACCCAUUGUCUCACCUAGUUGGGCCCAAUACAAUAUCUUAGCUGGUUACGUUCUCGUUAUUUUGAUAAUAAUGCCAAUCAUGUAUUAUAUAAAUCUAUGGAAUUUUAAAUCGUUUCCAAUUUCCGAUAGUAAUCUUCUAGCUGGUAAUGGGACCUACUACAACGGGGAUAAUCCUCCAAUUCGCUUCAGUGUUGGGAUCAUUGUUAGUUACAUGCUUUAUUUUGCGUCGUUAGUUGCAAUGAUUAUGCACACAAUUCUUUAUCAUGGCACCGAUGUUUUGAGGCAUGCUAAAACGUCACUGAGAAACCGCCAAAAUGAUAUUCAUUGUACUCUCAUGUCAAAAUAUCCGGAUGCGCCAGGAUGGGUCUACGGUAUAUUGUUUUUAUGUGCGUUUGUUUGUGCUUGCUUUGUUUGCAAAUUCGGUAAAUUAAUGCCUUGGUAUCUUUUAUUUUUGGCAAUAACACUGUCAUUUGUUUGUUUACUACCAACGGGUAUUAUUUGGGCAAGAACAAACAUUGCAGUGGAUGUUAGCUACUUAUGUCUGAUAAUUGGCGGCCUUCUGAUGCACGGUAAUGGAACCGGUAACAAAACAUUCGUGACUUAUGCAUUUGGAACACAAUUUCAAGCAUUAUUUCUUUUGAGAACCUUAAAAUUCGGUCAUUUUAUGAAAAUAUCACCACGAGCAUUGUUUAGUACACAACUAAUAAUUACGCUGAUAUCAUGUGUAGUUAGAUACGGGAUCGCCUAUCAUAUGUUAUCAACUAUCGAAGGCAUAUGUGAUACCAAUGUAGAGUGGCCAUGUUUUAUACAGCUCGCUCCACUCCGUAUGGCGAUAAUUGGUUAG